AUGCCAGAUUUCAAGCCUGGGCAGACUGUCCAGCUCAACGAUGGCCGUAAAGCCAUUGUCCGCUUCGCUGGAGCUACACACUUUCAGGUCGGCGAGUGGAUAGGCGUCGAAUUGGAGGAGAAGACGGGUAAAAACGAUGGCAGCGUCCAGGGAGAGCGUUACUUCGAUUGCCCCAUGGGCUAUGGCAUGUUUGUCAAGCCUGUGAUGGCCACUAUUAUAGCGCAAGCCCCAACACCGAAACCACCAGCUCGAAAGCCCUCAAGGCCGAGUAGCUACAACCCAGCUUCGGGAAGGGCGUCAAGCGCGGCGGGAGAUGCAGGCUUGGGUAGGAGAAAGAGCCUGAAUGCUCCCAGUCCGAGUCCGGUCCCUAGAGCGGCCCGGCCGACGAGUCUCACAAGGUCCCCCACAAAGUCCCCUACGAAGCAACUGAGUGGCACCUCGAGUACUACAAUCUCUCGGACAGGAACACCCUCGGGCGCGCGUGCCCCAUCGGUAGGAGCGAAGCCGCGCGCUUCAGUUGGAGGAGGUCGUACAUCUAUGGGCCCUCCACCACCUAUCGCUCGAACAACAAGACAACCAUCCACAUCUUCAACGAUCUCAAGACCUGGAGCAGCGCCGACAAGGACCACUAGCAGUCGCAUGUCAUUGACGGCACCGUCACGUCCAGGGUCCGCUGCUAGACGAACAUCUAUCGAUUCUCAAGCACGAAGGGGUUCCUCAGAUAGAGAAGAUGUUAUUUCGCCUCCCCCCAAAGACAAUGGAGAUAUUCUUUCACCACAACCCAGAAGCCCAGUUCAAGCAAGAACAAAGGCCCUCGAGAAACUUACAGCAGGACCGGCAUCACGACAAUCUACACCGCCCACAUCCCGGAAGCCCUCGGCGACUAGCACGACUGGUGCACCACGUCCUGCCGCAAGCACGGCGGCAAGUCGAGAAAUUGAGGACCUCAAGGCUAAGUUAAAGGUUUUGGAACGCAAGCGGGCUGAGGAUCGGGACAAGUUAAAGCAACUCGAAACAGUGCAAAAUGAGAGGGACAAAUUCGAAAGCGUCAUACAAAAACUGCAACAAAAGUAUCAACCUCAGCAGCAAGAGAAUGCCGAGUUGAAGAAGCUGUUGAGAGAAGCGGAAAUGCGACUAGAGUCCAUCGAAGAGUUUCAGCAAGAGCAUGAGAGCAUAUUAGAACUAGCCACUCUCGAUCGCGAGAUGGCAGAGGAAACGGCAGAGGUUCUGAGAGCUGAAUUAGACGCUCUCAAGGAAAAGGCGGAAGAGAUGGAACUAGAAGUCGAAGUGCUGAAGGAAGAGAACGAAGAAUACAGCAAAGGAAUGACCCCCGAGGACCGAGCGAGUACUGGCUGGUUGCAAAUGGAACGAACAAAUGAACGAUUACGAGAAGCAUUGUUACGACUGCGCGAUCUUACUCAAGCCUCCGAAGAGGAAUUGAGAGACCAAAUCUCGGGAUUGGAGGAUGAUCUGAAGGAGUUCAGCACCAUGAAGGAGGAAUUUUCCGUCUGUCGAGAAAAGCUUGAACAGUCGGAGACUGCGGUCGAAGACCUACGCCAACAACUUGACACCGCACUUGGUGCUGAAGAUAUGAUUGAAGAUCUGACAGAGCGAAACAUGAGCAUGUCUGAGCAGAUCGAAGAGCUAAAGGCUGUCAUUGACGAUCUUGAGAGCCUGAAGGAAAUCAAUGAUGAGCUGGAGAUUAACCAUGUGCAGAAUGAGAAAGAGAUGCAGGAAGAAAUGGAUUUCAAGGAUAGUGUCAUUGCUGAGCAGGCUCGACGAGCGGGCCAGCAAGAAGAAGCACUAGAGGAUAUGGAGUACACUCUUUCACGAUUCCGGGAGUUGGUCACGAGUCUACAGAGCGACUUGGAUGAUAUGAGAGCCUCCCAGGCUGUCACCGAGGGCGAGUCAGAGAAGCUCAACGACCGAUCUCGCGCCAUGAUGGAUCUCAACAUGAAGCUGCAGAUCUCAGCAUCCAAGGCACAAGUCAAGACAAUUGAUCUUGAGCUCCGACGAUUGGAAGCACAGGAAGCCGAGCAGCACUUGGAGAUCCUGAAGCUCUUCCUCCCAGACACCUACAAGGAGGAUCAAGAUUCUGUCCUUUCCCUGCUUCGGUUCCGUCGUGUAGCCUUCAAGGCGAACCUACUCAACAGCUUCAUCCGAGAGCGACUCAACGGACAGCCCCAUCCUGGACAUGAGGACGAUGUGUUUGCUGGUUGCGAUGCUUCAGACAAGCUUGUCUGGGUGUCCAAUAUGUGUGAUCGCUUUGUCAACGACAUGACACAUUGCACCAUCGAACAAUUCUCCAAGUACCAGAACGCUUUGCACGAACUUGAACCUGUUGAGCGCGCUCUCAACGUUUGGAUCGAUGGUUUGCGUCGGGAUGACCUGAAGGAGAAGACAUGCGCUGAUGAACUUCACCGCACUAUCGCCCUUCUUUCUCAUCUCGGAGAGGUACACAUCUCAAACAGCUUGGCCAACUAUGCCGAUGAUAUCCACAUGAAGGCCAACGUCAUGCAGAGCCAUCUUGACUCUGCGGCCGUUGCCUUCAACACCCUUCGAGGUCUUGUCCAACGCGUGGUUCCCACAGAGGGUGACGAUGAGGAGCUUGCGCAGCACUUUUCCAAGAAGUCUGAGGCUGUAAUUACAAACACUCGAGGUGCCAAGGUUAUCGCUGCCAAGGCUGUACGAGCUCUCCAGGACUUAAGAACUCGAUCUCUGUCCUUGUUACCUGAUACUAAUGAGGCCUUUGACGAAUGCUGUGAGGCGACCAAGGAGCUUGCUAAUCUGGCACGACAAAUUGGUCUUGGCCUCCACAACCUGUUCCAUGCUGACGAAGGCCGAACUGAGCCCUUCACGUAUACGGAGGUCCAGUCUACCGUUCACAAGACUGUUCUCUCAGUGUGCACCUCAAGCGAGUCGGAUAUCUUCUCUACAUACCUAUCCAAGCUGCGGGAUGUCACCACCCAAAUCUCAGAUCUGGCAUCACUCGCCACCGACCUUGACCAGGUUCAAGAAUUCGAUGUUGCUACUGCUCCCUGGCGAUUGCGGUCUCAAGAACUCAAGGCUCUCAAGACCAUUCCCGUUGAUGCCGAAGAGGAGCUUCGCCGUCUCAAGGAGGAACACAGCGAGGCUCGUCGCACGAUCGCCCAGCGUGACGAGCAUCUCAGCACUGCUGUUCUCAAGAUUGAGACCCUCGAGUCUAGAAUGCGUGACGCUCAGGCCAACAUUGACCGCAUUGCCAAGCUACAGGAAGAGCUUGAGGCUUCCGGUCAAGAAAUUGGAGGUCUCAAGGAGGACAUCGAGAAGCAAGACCGUGAACUCAAGAACCUUGAAUCAGAGCGCGACAAAUGGAAGAAGAUUGCCAGCGAUAGUCGUGCUUAUGCUGAUGGUGCCGAUGCUGCUGGUGCUAAGGCUGGUCAAGAACGCGCGGUUGCCACAGCACGCGAAAUGGACGCCCUCAAGAAGGACAUCGAGAGUCUCCAAUCAGCAGUCCGAUACUUGCGUGAAGAUAACCGCCGCGCUCGCACAUCAGAGCAGCACAAGUACGAGUGGCUGGCUGAACCACUCAAGAAGCCUACUUCUGUCACCGAGCAGCGCCGAAACAUGAUUGCCACUGAGGGCAAGGAUGUACUUGGUGAGCUUGUCAAGAUGGCAUCCUCAGCAUCGAUGUACGACUUCUCCACCCUGCCCAAAGACAAGCUUUCUUGGAAGCCUGCUCGAUCAACACCACAGUACCAUGCUGCCAAGCAGAUGGAAGACUAUGCCGCUUGGGGAGCCUGGCAAGAGUCGGUUCUCAAGAAGGCCCAGGUCCUUCAGGGCCAGACGGCCAACGUCGAGAAGAGAAAGAGGGCACCCGCAGCAGCUCGUCUGCGUAUCAAGCUGCCUGGUGCUAAUGGAAAGAUUGUCCCUGGAUCGGGACGCGAGGUUCAAAUCGUGGGAUCUUCUGAGUGGGAGGCUCUGCAGGGCCGUUUGGCUGUAUGA